AUGCUCGACGUCGCCUCCAUUGGCGUGGCCAAGCUCUCGCUCGCCGGCGGCGGCCUCUCGCUCCCCAGCUACUCCGACUCCGCCAUGGUCACCUACGUGCUUCAAGAUUCGAAUUUCGGAUUUCCCAUCCUUUGUCAAGUCCUGAAGAGCAAAGAUGCUAGUUAUGGUUCAGAGAAGGCACUUCUUGAUGAAUUGCAGGCACUAGACGAGCAUCUGAAAGCUCAUGGUCCCUACAUCAACGCGGAGAAUGUAUCAGCUGUAGAUCUUAGCCUGGGGCCGAAGCUCUUCCACCUCCAGGUUGCACUGGAGCAUUUCAAGGGCUGGAAGAUCCCAGAAAACCUAACCAGCAUCCAUGCAUACACCAAGGCACUUUUCAGCCGCGAAUCUUUUGUGAAGACUAAGCCAGCCAAGGAGCACCUGAUUGUGGGAUGGGCACCCAAGGUGAACGCGGAAGCGCCCAUCCCCCUUGUGCUUUGGUGCUACCUUGUGGACCCCAUGCGUUUAUCUGAUCAGUCGCUAUCAGUGGUGUGGGUAGGCGUAGCGUCUGUAGUUUGA